AAGAAACUCUCUCUCUCUCUCUCUCUAAGUGUCGUUUUCUCACAUAUACUUCACAUGAAAGAUACUACCAUUCGAGUCUUACCUUGUCAUCUCUCUCUUUCGUUCAAUUUUAAAACAGUGAAAUCCCAUUUAAAAAAUCUUGAGUUCAACAACAUAAAGCUUCCAUCAUCAUAUAUUGUUCAUAUCCUUCACAAACAUAGGCAUCAGUGAUUCACUUAUAUUCUCCUUUUUCCAUCAUAAACUACCAUUCCCAAGCUUUAUAACCUAAAACAAACAACCAAGAACACGAGAGAGAGUGUGUGUGUGUGUGUGUGUGAGAGAGAGAGAGAGAGAGAUCUGAAGGUGUAAUGGAGCUAUUUCCAGCACAACCAGACUUAUCUCUCCAGAUUAGCCUUCCCAACACUAAACCCACUUCAACAACUUGGACAGCAUCAACAACUAAACAAGAUCAUCAUGAUUUGGAUUUAGGGAAUUUCUGGAAGAGUACUUUGAACUCACAACAACAGUACCAUACAAGAUCUGAACCCUCUUCCGGGCUUAACUUACCCCAUCCAACACAUUCCACCAAUCCAGACAUUAACCAUCUUCACCACCUCCUCUCCCACCAAAAUAUCAACAGAACAAAUCUCACCGAUCAAAACCAUCAUCUGGGGUUCAGAUCAGAGCUAGGGUUCUUGAGACCCAUAAAAGGGGUUCCUAUUUAUUACCAUAACACCAAUCUUCCUAAGAUCACAGUACUAUCUCAUAAUCAACAUCAGCCUUUUCUAGAUUCUUUUUGCACCAGUAGUACUGCGCCUACUAGUAAUACACCUUCUCUAAUUCAUCCCAAUAAUAUUGCCCAGUCAAGAUUCUUGUCUACGAGGAUUUCCUCCAAACGAAGCAUGAGAGCUCCGAGGAUGCGGUGGACCACAACCCUUCAUGCUCGGUUUGUCCAUGCUGUUGAGCUCUUGGGUGGCCAUGAAAGAGCAACACCCAAGUCAGUCCUUGAGCUAAUGGAUGUGAAAGAUCUCACAUUAGCACAUGUUAAAUCUCACUUGCAGAUGUAUAGAACCAUUAAAACAACUGACAAAGCACCAGCUUCUUCGGGCCAAUCGGAUUAUCUUGAACACGGAUUAUCGGGGGAUACUUCCGAUGAUAUAUUGCUAGAAAUUCAAAACUUAAAGAGAACAAACUCAUCAGCUGAACGUAAAGGAAGAUCUAUGGUUCAUCCAGAAGAAGAUUAUCAGUGUGGACUUUGGAGCAAUUCUUCAAGGGAAGCUUGGCUGCAUGGCAAACAUAAAGAUUCUCAAAUAAAUAUACCAACGCUUAAGAAGGAAAUUAUAAAGGGCAUGAUCAACUAUGAGAGACUAUCAGAAGCGAACUCAUCACGAAUUUCCCCGAUGAAACCUAAUCUCGAGUUCACUUUGGGAAGGCCACAGUGACAUGAUGCAUACUGAUGUUACGUGGUGGCGAUGAUGAUGAUAUAAUACAUAUCGAUUGUACUAUUCAUUUCAAAAUCAUUAUGAUUUUGAAUAGUUGCUAGCGAACAAGAUUCAGGUCCCCACUGAAAAUCAGAAAGAAAAAGAAAAAGGAAAGAGAUGAGUAAAGUCAGAAAGCAACAAAAGGGAGGAGGUUUUGAUAAGCAUGUCCUUCCUAUCAAAUUUGUGAUCAUCAUUUAAUAUAUUAUACCUCUUCGUUAUCUAUUUUCGUUAUGCAAGAAUAUAAAGUCCAG